UCUCUUAGCUGCAAGGGAGGGCAACGGACGACCGCAUCCUGUCAGUUGCAGUAUCUGAAAGGGUGAAUGCCAUGGUUCUCCCAACCUGCCAGAUGUUCUGAAUGCUGCACAGGAUCUUGCUGUCUUCCAUUCAUCUGGGCCAAGCUACGCGUCUUUUGGUUUCUGCAAUAUACUGAAUCAGACCUUCCACCGAAGGAUCCUUUGAAAGAAGAGUUUCCCCUUUGAAGGGUGUUUCCAACCAUCAUGGGGAUAUUUUGGACAACUUUAUGCUUCCUGGUAUAUGCGUUGAACACGGACCUGGGCGUCCUGGCUAUCAUGAGCUCCCUGCCCCAGAAGGACUCAGAAGGCCUUGACAAACCUUCCGAAGACACCAUCUCUCCAGAGAUGCUGCAGGAGAUGCUGUGGCUUUUCCGAAGAGAAGACCCAUCUGCAUGGAAUUAUUCUAUCCUGGGCCUUUCAAUUCUCGUUCUGCUGAUUGGUGUUGUGCUCUUGGGAGCAAAUAUUAGGGCCAACAGAAACCAGAAGGUCCUUCUCCUACGCAAAGAAGGCUACGAAGUCACCCCGCUGGAUGAGGCAGAAGCGAAGCAAGCAUUUGUGUUGCUAAACAAAGAGAAUCCGGAUCAAGCUGGAGACAAUUUGCUUCCCAAAACACCAGUCACGGGAGACGUGAUGGUACGCUGGAAAGAUGGGAAAACCUCACCCCUCUAUGCUGAUGCCAACGAAGCAGAAGCAUAGCACCUAAUAUCCAUAUUUUGGCUUUUUUGAAACCUGGGAGGAUUUCUGGACUAUUGACUAUUUUUGGACUGCAGGUCUCAAAGCCAAAUUCAAUAAGCGGAAUCGAAAAGCCAGCAAAAAGCAAACACAUACUGACUGCCUUUGAGUUGUACAAGAUCAAUUCAUCAAUUCGUCAAUUCGUCAAUUCAACAAUUCAUCAAUUCAACAAUUCAUCAAUUCAUCCACCAAUUCAUCUACCAAUUCAUCUGUGAUAUGUUGAACUAGGUUGGCCUAGUGGCUUCCUUCACACAACAUGCUAAGCCUGGUCAGUUGGUUCCUGUUAGCGUUAACUUUGAUCGGUUUUGUUUUGUGUCCUAGUGUAGUGUCACUGGAGCAUUCACGGGGGUCACACAAAGCUGUGACAGGCCCCUCAAAACAGCCAGAACUUCAGUCACACAGUUGGGGUUGCCAUCUUGGCUUGACCAUCCGUGGGGAGACCCCCGAUGCCAACCUACCUCGAUGAGUUGAGUAGUGGGUGAACCAGAAAAAGGGCUAAUUCAAGAACCAAUUAAGGAUAUUGUGUGAAGGUUGUUGCCUUGCUAUGUUGCGUUGACCUACAAAAAAAAAAAUCUGUCAGAUUAUCUGGAAAGAUGUUCAAGGUCUCCUGAUUUUGAUUUUGCCCUGGAUCAUUUGUGAUUGCAUGUUAAAAAAAGGGUGGGAUUUGAUCAAUUGAUCAUCUGGAUGUAUUUGGACCAGGGGUGAAAUCCAGCAGGUUCUGACAGAUUCUGGAGAACCGGUAGCAGAAAUUUUGAGUAGUUCGGAGAACUGGCAAAUACCAUCUCUGACUGGCCCCAGAGUGGAGUAGGAAUGAAGAUUUUGCAAUAUCCUUCCCCCAAAGUGGGGUGGGAAUGGAGAUUUUGCAAUAUCCUUCCCCCAGGAGUGGGGAGGGAAUGGGGAUUUUGCAAUAUCCUUCCCCCAGGAGUGGGGAGGGAAUGGGGAUUUUGCAAUAUCCUUCCCCCAGCAAUGGGGUGGGAAUGGAGAUUUUGCAAUAUCCUUCCUCCAGGAGUGGGAAGGGAAUGAGGAUUUUGCAGUAUCCUUCCCCUGCCACAUCCACCAAGCCACACCCACAGAACUGGUAGUAAAAAAAAAUUGAAUUUCACCACUGAUUUGGACCUUUUCUGUGGACGCCCUUGGUGGUUCUGUUAUGCCAAUAUUAGCUGCCUUAUAGAAGAUAAUAAUUUGAGACAGUUGGAAGCCUCCAAAAUUUGAAACAAGGAAAAGGGAUGGGGAGGAGGAGGGGGGGAGGCUAGGCUAUGAUGAGAACUUUGGAUGAUAUUUGAGCAGCACUGGGACUUCCAAGGAAACCAAGUUAAUAUUUUCACCAUCAGUUCAAGCCAAAGUCCAUUAAAAGGCUUUUAAAGGCUGCUACUUCUCUACAUCUAUCUUUAUGUAAUACAAUGCCAAUCUUUCCGAUGAAAACCA